ACGUCACGGGCAGCACGUCGAUGUUGUAUGUGCCAGUUUAGUGGCGCAAUUUUGUUUGUUUUUGUUGUGUUCACGAUGAGGUGUGUUUUGUGUUUGCAUACUAUAGUGAGUCUAACGACAUUGCUAACGACCGGUUUUGCACAACCCAGAAGCGGGAAAAAAUUCCACCGAGGAUGGCCUCCACGUGGUGGGGACCCCUCUCCAUGACAGUGGAUAAUGGCACUGGCCCUGUGGACAACAGCAGCUGUUUCAGUGCCACACAGAGCACCGUGCUGAAGGGGGUGAAUUUCGGAGGAGUGCCUGUCGUUCUGCUGAUGGACUUCUCACUCUUUGUGGUGCUGCUAAUAGUCUUCACUCUGAUCAGAAGGAGGCUGUGGGAUUAUGGGAGACUCGCCCUUGUCGCAGAGACUGAAGGCGAUGCUCAAAAACAGCAUUACAGUAGAUUAAUGUCAUCCAUGUCCAUAGAGGAGCCUGAAUACGAGAAGGGUUGCUGCUCUUGGCUUACCUUUAUCGUCAAUAUGGAUGAGACUUUGGUCCAAGAGAGAUGUGGAGUGGAUGCAGUACAUUAUCUGUCAUUUCAGAAGCACCUUGUCAUCCUGCUCUUGCUCAUCUGUGUGCUGUCUGUCACUGUUAUCCUACCAGUCAAUCUAUCUGGCGACCUGCUGGGCAAUGAUCCCUACAGUUUCGGCAGAACCACCAUAGCCAAUCUUAAGCAGGGUGAUAUGCUGCUUUGGCUGCACACUGUAUUUGCAGUUUUGUAUCUCAUGAUCACGGUGGCCCUGCUGAGACGACAUACCUCUAAAAUGAAGAGAACCAAGAGAGAGAUAGCCAGAAACACCCUGUUUGUGAGGGAUGUACCCACUGCGGCCAGUAAUGAGACUAUAAAAACUCACUUUAUGGAGGCGUACCCCUCCUGUCAAGUGACUGAUGUUAACUUGUGUUAUGAUGUUGCCAAACUGAUUGAUCUGGACAGAAACAGAAAACGGGCAGAAAGAAAUCUGCAACAUUACAAUAAGAUACUUGAGAUCCAGGGACGACGUGAGAUCAUCAACCCGCGGCCAUGCAGCCACCUGUGCUGCUGCUGCAGUCACUGUAAGGGCUGUGAAGUGGUUGAUGCUAUAGAGUUCUACCGCUCACAGGAGGCUGCUCUGUGUGACGAGGAAAAUAGACUUAAGGAGAAUGAAGAACUGCAUCCUCUGGGCAUGACAUUUGUGACCCUGCAAAAUGAGUACAUGGCCUCUUAUAUUCUGAAAGAUUUCAAUGCUUUGGAAUGUGGAGGCGGGGCAAGGGGUUUGGCUGGUGAAGAAAUGGGCGGGGGAAUCGGGUGUGGGUGUGGCCGGGAGCCUCAGCCGUCCUCUAAGAGCACAGAACUGAGGGUGAACAAAUGGAAAGUGAAUUACGCUCCUCACCCACAUAAUAUCUACUGGGAGAAUUUGUCAUUACAUGGGUGGCGUUGGUGGAUACGCUUUCUGCUGCUGAAUACGGCACUCUUCCUCCUCCUCUUCUUCCUCACCACACCCUCCAUCAUCAUCAGCACCAUAGACAAGUUUAAUGUCACCAAGCCCAUUCACUAUCUGAACAGCGCCAUUAUUAGCCAGUUCUUCCCCACUCUUCUGCUGUGGACCUUCUCAGCCCUGUUACCCACCAUUGUGUAUUACUCUACACUGGGAGAAGGCCAUUGGACCAGGUCCAGUGAAAAUAUGAGCAUGAUGUACAAGCUCUACACCUUCCUGAUCUUCAUGGUGUUGAUUUUGCCCUCCCUGGGCCUCACCAGUCUAGACGUGUUUUUCCGCUGGUUGUUUGAUAAACAGUCUGAGGGGAAGCUGAGGUUUGAGUGUGUGUUUCUACCUGAUCAGGGGGCCUUCUUUGUAAAUUACGUGAUCGCGGCGGCUCUGGUGGGCUCUGGCAUGGAGCUGCUGCGCUUGCCAGGGUUACUGCUCUACGUCGUGCGUCUGGCGCUCGCACAUUCGGCUGCUGAGAGGAAAUAUGUUAAACAGAAUCAGGCGUAUGAGUUUCAGUACGGAGCGAUGUACGGAUGGACGCUGUGUGUGUUCACAGUCAUCAUGGCCUACAGCAUCACCUGUCCUGUCAUCGUCCCCUUUGGUUUGCUGUACCUGCUGCUGAAACACCUGGUGGACAAACACAACCUGUACUUCGCUUACCUUCCCGCCCGCCUCGAUCGGCAAGUUCACCUGGGAGCUGUCAAUCAAGCGCUGGCUGCACCAAUCAUAUGCCUGAUGUGGCUUUAUUUCUUCUCUGUGCUCAGAACAGGCUUCAUGACAGCUACGUCACUGUUCACUUUAGUGGUUCUGUGUGUGACCAUCUUUAUCUGUAUCAGUUACACCUGCUUCGGACACUUCAAAUACCUCAGUCCGCACAACUACAACGUUAAGGAGGAAGAUGAAGACACGGCAGUUUCAGAGAGUUCAUCUGCAUCGGUGUAUCUUCCCAAAGUUUUAAACCCAGAUGCAUCGUCCGCAUCUGAUGAAUGCAGCAUUCGGCAUUCAUAUGGCACCACAGACACAAGCACGCCCUUCCUCAUCACUGAGGAAGAUUGUCCAGACUCAGAUAUCUAACAACAGAUAUCGGCCAAUCACAAAUGCCCUUUUACCUCUGGAGGAAAUGGUUCUUGCUGAAUUGAGUUGGAGGUCAUUGUGCAGAUGGAGGGAGUUUACCUUUUAAAAACGGGAUCUUUUGGUGAGGAAAAGGCAUGGGUACGUCCUCGUCGCCACCGAUGACACAGCGAUCCAGGCGUCCGCGAUGAGUAGGGACUAGAGUAGCUGUAAGGUCAAAGGUCGAGUCAAUGAAAAGCAUCUAAGCUGAUAAAUGCUCUGACAGAUCAACAGAAUUUUUUGUUUGUUUCUUUUUUUUUUUUCUACACCUACUUAGAGACUUGAGGAACAUUUAAUCAUAAACUGUCAUUAAAAAAACCUAAAGGAGCUUUUUGGGAUCAAUUGUUGUCACCAAAGACUUUAAACUCUUUUCUAAAUUGCCAUUCAAACACACUGUCCAAACAUUUACAGCCAGCUUCGGCAAUGAGCACUUGCCAAGGAGAUCAAAUAUAAUGCGAAUAUAUCAAAAACAUUUGAACUGACACUUGUGUCUUGACGGAAUCAACUUAAAACACUUUAUAAUAGGAAUUAGUGUGUGCAUGUGUGUGAGUGAGAGAAAGCAAGUGUCUGUGUUGUUCAUCAUUCUUAAUUUAUCUGUUUUUAAUUAUAUGUUAAUAUAUUGAUGUUGACAGAUUUGAGCUCAUAACUCAGUGGCCUUUCAUUACCAGAUUUAUAGUUGUGUGUGAGGGGAUGUAUCCUCGCUAGGUGGCACUGUUUCUUUCUGAUCCUUCUUGGUUCUUGCAAGAGAGAUGUUUCAGGUUCAAUACAAACUCAGUAUUUUGGCAUAAUGUCAACUAUUAGAGAAAAUAAUUUAGAUAAAAAAAUAUGCCAAGGUUGUAUUUACAGUAAGGCUUGUAGAAUGAAGUCAACUGGGCAAUGCAUACAUUU